CUUUUUGGCUUUGAUAUGCUGUUGGUUUAAAAGGUUAAGAAUGGCGUUGCCAGGAGUCGGACCACUAGUGGAAGGAAUGGAUUUCGGCGGCCAUGGUGGGGGGUUGAAUCCACGUGGCAAUUGAAUAACUCAGAUUGUAUGGCCGGCGUUGACGGUUAAGGGGGGAACCCUUGUGUUUCGCGCAACAUAUGAAGGAAGAGGUGGUGGUGGUGGUCCAUGUAACCUUGUCUCCUUGGUUGCAUGGUCCUACCUCGCUCCCGCACAUAUCCGCUUUGUAGGACCGACGUACGUGUAUUUUCACAUUCACUGUUCAAUCUUUUUGGAGCCUUGCAAAUGGCUGUGAGUGCAUGUGGCAUUGGCAAACUACACAUAAUAUUGCUUCAUGCUUAUGGAGUUCGCUACUUCACAAUGAAUUCCAACAUCGAUCUUCUUAAAACUGUUCUAAAAAGAAGCUAACAACAUAUAUUUCUUAUUAUUUUCGUUUUCUUUAGGGGUUAUAUAGGGACAUUUCAGUCAUUAAUUGCAGCAUUCUCCAAGAUCUAUCGACUAAGAUCUAAAAAGGGUUCCCACUUUUUUAGUUUUAGCAUUAGAAUAUCAUCGGUUUUAAGUUUUCCAAGAAUGAAAUGGUGGGUAAAGGCAAUUAACUAGAAGUAAAAACGACAUGAGAUUUAACUAGUGUCCCUCGGAACACACAAUUAGCUAGCUAAGCACGCAUUAGCUUUCUUCAAUUUAUUUAUCUUACUUCUCAUUUUCUUACCUUUUAUACUUUUUCCUUCCGAUAUAUAAUCACCAAAGUAAGCUCUUAUGUUGCUUCUCUAAUUUCCCUGCUGAGGGGUAUAUGUUGCUUCUCUUCAUACAUCUGCAUGUUCUAAGUGAAGGAUAUAGCUGCAUUUGAUGAUCUUACCAGUACCACAUCUUGCUUUGCCUUAACAUGUCAACCCCAUCUUGUUUUCUUCUUCUCCUUCUAUGCCUUUCUCUGCAAGCGUGCAGUGCUCGUCGUCUUGUUGCAGUUGACAGUAAGCAUCAUAAGAUCGAUAAUAUACUUCACUUCUCCAUCAAGAAUGAUAUGAAGAAGGAUCGAAAGAAUAACUCAGUUGCAGUAUUACAGGCGAAAUCGUCUUCUUCCAAGGAACUCCGAUCCAUGAAAUUAGAAAGCAUCGAGGAAUCUCAUGGAUAUAAUGUCACUCAAAAGCUGGAAGAUGCUGAGGUGAAGUACCAUAAGACAAUAGUAGAAAUUGAGAAGAAAAAAAAUCCAAGUGUUGCAGUUUCUUGGCGUGUGCCUCACAAGAAACAUGACGAAAAAAAUCCAGGUUUUAACUUGGAUUACUCACCACCAAAGACACAUCCUCCUCAUCACAACUGAUAUAAAAAAAAAAAGUUUUAUUUUCUUUGCUAGUCCAGAGAGUCGAGGAAAGAAAGCUAAGAUACCAGCUCCGGCAAGAACUGCAAAACAUAGAGUUAAAAGAGCCUUUUAAUAAAUAUUAGGGCUCAAGUCAAAUGUUGAUCUUUCCAGCAUAGGCAUGCAAGUUAUAUAUAUGACCAUAUAUAUAACAUAGGGUGCUGAAUUAUAACGAGUUACAAGCCCUUUUUUCCCCUCUAUAAAUUUAGUGUAUAUUCAUCAUGGAUCAUAUAUAUAUGUUCCUCGGAGAGAAAUAUUUAUGUUUCAUUAAGCUUUUCAAACUACAUGUAACUUCCACUAUUGAUUAUAUGUGUGUAUGUAUCCUGCUCCA